AUGGCAAAUAAUCUGAAAUUCGACGAUGAUUUGUUGGAUGGUGAAACUAUCCACGAAAUGAUGGCGCAUAAGGGUGGAUUGACUUAUAAGUGAGUUUUAUUGGCUGAGAAUUGUGAAAAAUCUGAAAUUUUGAUCUAAAAUUUGAAAAUUUCAAUAAAAACUGUGCCAGGAUUGCAUUUUCUAGCUCAAAAUUCAUAAAAAGCGGAGUUUUCAAUAAAAAACAUGAAAAAUCCCAGAAAAACUGUGCCAGGCUUGCAAAAAUCAAGCCACGCAUAUUUUUGAUCUUUUCUAGCUAAAAAUUAUCGAUUUUCAACUUGAAAUUCAAAAAAAAGAUUUCCCCGUGAACUUUGUGACGUGGAAUUUGAAAAUCCAAUUUUUCCCCCAAAAAACGUAAAAAUUUCAUUUUUCAAUAAAUAUUUGAUAGGAAAUCGUGAUUUCUCACAAAUUUUGCUGAAAAAAUGUAAGUUGGUUGGAAUUUUGGCUGGAAAUUUGAAAAUUUCAGGAAAAACUGUGCCAGGGUUGCAUUUUCCAGCUAAAAAUUUAUAAGAAAAUGGAAUUUUCACUCAAAAAACCAUGAAAAAUCCGAGAAAAACUGUGCCAGGCUUGCCAAAAUUAGGCCACGCCCCUUUUUCACCUUUUCUACCUCAAAAAUCCCAACUUUUCCAGCGAUUUCAACAUUUUGCCGGGCUACAUCAAUUUUUCGGUGCACGAUGUUAGUUUGGAGACAAAAGUCACUCGAGACAUCAAAAUCAAAGCUCCACUCAUCUCAUCUCCCAUGGAUACUGUAACCGAAUCCGGAAUGGCUAUUGUUAUGGCGGUAAGUUGGAGGAAUUUUGGCUGGAAAAUGAGCUGGAAAUCAUGAAAAAUGGCUGAAAAUGAGCCAGAAUUGAGGAUUUUUGUGCAAAAAAGACCUGGAAACUCAUGAUUUUCUUACGGGAAAUAAAUUGCGAUUAUUUUGAAUUAAAAAAUAUCUAAUUCAUAAAUUUUCGAAACGUAAAAAAUUCGGGAAAAAUUUAAAACUGAAAAUUUCAGGAUUUUUUGGCUGGAAAUGAGCUGAAAAUCAUGAAAAAUCUCAUUUUUUCACCCUAAAUUAAUUUUUAAAUGCUCAAAAUUCAAAUUCCAGUAAAAACUUUUGAUUUUGGUAUGAAAAUGUAUGAACUUUUGAAUUUAGACUAACUUAUCUUAUACAAGAUGAAAAUUAACCUUUAAAAUUGUCUGAAGUCAUGAUUUAUCAUCAAAAAAUACCUCUAAAACUCUGAUUUUUUACCUUAAAAAUUCACUUAAAUUUAGGGUAAUUUUAGGUUAGAAAUGCUCUAAAUUCAUUUUUCUAAUGAAAAAUACUGCAAAAUUCAGGAUUUUUACCAAAAAAUACCUCUGAAACUCUCAUUUUUCCAGCUCUACGGUGGAAUCGGCGUGAUUCACGGCAAUUUUCCGCGUCCGGAAGAUCAGGCGGCAGAAGUGCUGAAAGUGAAGCGAUUCAAACAAGGCUAUGUUAUGCAACCGCAUUGUUUGAAGAGGGAUUCGACCGCGUUUGAUAUGAUUCAGAUUAAGAAGAAUUUCGGGUAUACAGGAGCGCCGGUUACUGAAGAUGGAACUGUUGGAUCGAAAUUGAUUGGUGAGCGGAAAAUUUGGGGAAUUUUAAGCCAAAAUUGGAAGAAUUUGAUGCAUUUUGAGCUAGAAAUCAUAAAAAAUUAUGAAUUUUGAGCUAAAAACCGUGCCAGGCUUGCUAAAAUUAGGCCACGUCCAUUUCUGACUUGAAAUUCGAAGAAAUCGAUGAAUUUUGACCUGAAAACAUGGAAAAACUGUGCCAGACUUGCAGAAAGCUUAUAUUCAAUCUCAAAAAUUUAGGAAAUCUACAUUUAAUUUUUUUCGUGUGAAAAAUAAUUUUUUAAAAUUAUUUUCAAAAUAUUUGUCAAAUUUUAAAAUCUGAAAAUUUGGGAAAUCCGAAUUUUGAAAUUUAUAUUUUUCAUUUUCAAAAAAAAACCAGAUUUUCGAAAUAAAGUUUUUCGGUUCCAAAUUUGAUUUAGCAUAAGUUCAAAAAAACUUAAUUCAAAUACUUUUCUAAAAAUUUUUUUCGAGAAAAUUUUCAUGUGUUAAUCAUUUUUCAAAUCUCAAAAAUUCAGGAAAUCCAAAUUUUGAAGCGUACAUUUUUUGAGGUGAAAAAUGAAAUUUGAAAUUUUUCACCUAAAAAAUUUACGUUUCAAAAUUUGGAUUUCCUGAAUUUUUGAGAUUUGAAAAAUGAUUAAUUCAUAAAAAUUGUCUCGAAAAAAAUGGUUAGGAAAGUAUUUGAUCUAAGUUUUCUCUAAUUUAUGUUAAAUCAAAUUUGAAACCGAAAAUUUUGAGCAAAAAAUGGGCGUGGCCUAAUUUCUGCAAGUCUGGCACAGUUUUUCCAUGUUUUCAGCUCAAAAUUCAUCGAUUUCCUCGAAUUUCUGGUCAAAAUUGAUCAUUUCUCAUGAUUUCUAGCUCAAAAUUCCCCAAAUUCAAAAAUUUUGUGGUCAAAUUGCUAAAAUUAAGUAACAUCUGAAUUUUUGACCUGAAAAUCACAUUUUCAACUCUAACCUAAAAAUUUCCCCCGAAAAAAACCAUGCCGCAAAAUUGCAAAAUCCAAAGCCACGCCCCUUUUCAAUGUUUCAGGAAUGGUAACCUCCCGUGACUUUGAUUUCAUCACAAUGGAUGUUGCCGGACAAAAAGCGACGCCGAUUUCAGAGGUGAGCAGGAUUUUCAGCAAAAUUUUUGAAGUUCUGCUAACUUUUUUGAUGAAUUUUGAUACUAAAAACCCCCGUAAAACCCUUAAUUUUACCCUAAUUUUGCACUGAAAUAACCUGUGUGUUUUUUCCUACAGAAUAAUGAUGACGUCACACUUGGAACACCGAUUACUGAGGUAAACUUUUUGUGAUUUUUUGACCUGAAAUAGCAUGAAAAUCGCGAUUUUUAAUCCAAAAUUCAAGAAAAAUCACAAAAUUUCAACCUAAAAUCAAUUUCAGAUCAUGGUCCCGGUUGAAAAAUUGAUUUUGGGAAAUAUCAACGACUCACAUGAAACUACACAGAAAAUAUUGAAGGAACAUCGAUUGGGUAAGUUUUUUGGAGCAAAUUUUGAGCUGGGAGCUGCAGAAUUGCUCGAAAUUUGCUUUUUUGAGCUAAGAUCGCUCCAGGACCCAAAAAUCAAUCAUUUUUGACGUAAUUUGAAGUCCGAGAAUUUUCUGAACCUAAAAAUAUCCAAAAAAUUUGAUCUAGAAUUGCAAAAAUCCAUAAUUUCUCAGUUUUAGAUGUUAAAAAUUGAUCCGGGACCCAAAAAUUCUGGAUUUUUUUCAUCCAGAAUUUGAAGCGGGGCCUACAAAUCUCAAUUUUCCUAUCAAAAAUUGAUUUAGAAUGAAAAAAUAACGAAAUUUAUUGAAUUUUGAAUGAAAAAACAGCUCGAAGACCAGAAAUCAGCAAAUUUUGAGCUAGACAAUCAAGCAUCUUUGAAUUUUUCUUACAUGAGCAAUGCUGAAAUCCUGAGAAAAAUGCGCUGAAAUUUGUAUCAGGAAAAAAUACGUUUCAAAAUUUAUAUGUACAUUCAGAAAAUUGAAAAUCUAAUAUUAGUAUUUCAAUGCAUUUCUCAAGAAAUUAUCAAAUUGGCCUUACAUAGAACCCAAAAAGCGGUUAUUUGAAGCUCUGAAGGACUCCUGUUUCUAAUUUUCCUUGAAAAUCUGGAAUUUUUGAGCUCAACCUCAAUCCAGGCAUAAAUCGUCCAAGUUUCUGAAUUUUCAGCUCACAAAACCUUUCUGGCUCAAAAAUUUUCAAUUUUUUUCUGUAGAAGCCUCUUGAAAAUGAAAAAACGAGCAUUUUUUGGGAGCGCAAGAGCUCAUAAGAAUAAAAAUUUGAGGUUUUGAGCAAUUUCUGAGCUCCUGAGCUUAUUUCAAUCAAAAUUUGAGAUUUUUGAGCAUUUUUUGGAGCUCCAGAGCUCAUUUGAAUGCAAAUUUGAGCAUUUCGAGCAAUUUCUGAGCUCCAGAGCUCAUUUGAAUCAAAAAUUGAGGUUUUUGAGGAUUUUCGGAGCUCUAGAGCUCAUCAGAAUCCUAGAAUUGAGGGGUUUCAGCUUUUCUAGACCUAAAAAAUCCCCUCUCAAUUUUCCAGGCAAACUUCCAAUCGUCAACGAUUCCGGUGAAUUAUGCGCCCUCCUCUGUCGUUCCGAUCUUCUAAAAGCUCGUGAUUAUCCAAUGGCUUCAUAUGAUUCAACAGGUCAAUUAUUAUGUGGAGCAGCUGUGAAUACACGUGAAACAUCGAGAAUAACUGUUGAUUUGGUGGUUGAAGCUGGUGUUGAUUUGAUUGUUAUUGAUAGUUCGAAUGGAACAUCUAAUUAUCAAAUUGAGAUGUUGCAAUGGAUUAAAAGAAGUAUCCAAAGAUUCAGGUAAGGGUUUUGAGAUGAAAAUUGAUGAAAAAUGAGCCGGAAAACUUGAAAAUCUGAAAUUUUGACCUAAAAGCUUGAAAAUUCAAGUAUUUUCAAGCUUUUUGAGCUAAAAAUCGGGAAAAUUGAGUCUAGGCAAUUGAAAACCUGAAUUUUUAAACUAAAAAUCACCGAGAAUUCAAAAUAUCCGAAUUUUUGACCUAAAAUUCACCCAGGAUCCUGAAAAUUCAAAAAUUCCGGUAUUUCUGAGGUUUUUGAGCUAAAAAUCGUCAAAAUUAACCUUUUGAACUCCAAAAUCUGAAAUCCUGACCUAAAAUUAGCCCAGUAGCUUGAAAAUUCGAAAAUUUUGGUAUUUCAGAGGUUUUUGAGCUAAAAAACAAGAAAAAUGAACUGAAAUUACCUCAGGAACUCGAAAGUUUGAAUUUUUCAUUGAAAAUUUCAGAAUUCUUACAAUUUUUGUUGAAAAAUUGUGAAAAUUGACUAAACAAAACCCUAGAAACUUUUAAAUUUUAAUUUUCCGUCAUAAAGUUCCGAAUUCUGAUAAUUUUAAUUUAAACUUCAAGAAAAUUGGCCUAAAAUCAUCCCAGAAGCUUUAAAAUUUCAGAAUUCCAUCAAAAAUGACCCCGAAUACAUGAAAAUUCAAAAAUUUUGACCUAAAGUCAUGUAAAAAUACCUUAACAAAAACCGUGCCGCAAAAUUGCAUUUUUUGCCCAAAAAGGGCGUGGUCUAAAUUUAUUAAUUUACGCCUGUUUUUUUUCUGUUUCGCUUCAAAAACAUGAAAUUCCCAGGUUUUCGAAAAAUUUCCGCUGAAAAAAUGGCCGUGGCCGAACUUUUUCCGAAAAAAAAUUCUGGGAACACACCCGUUUGAAAGUAGAAAUGUUUGGGUGAAGUACGGUUGGCGAACUGUGCACACACCGCACUGUCACAAUGCACAACUUUUUCGCUGAAAAAUUAUUUUUUUCGCUUUGUGCGUCUUUAACACGCUCAAUUGCUAAGAAAACUGAACACGCAAAACAUAGUCGCAUAGUUCACGAAAAGACGAAUUUUUUGAUAUAAAAAAGUUCUGCUAUCGAUACCGGGAAGUUCUCCAAAAUGGGCGCACCGAUUUUUUAAUACAUCAAAACCGUAACUGAAAAUCUGCUUUUUUCAGAAGCCACUAGGAAUCAAGUUACUUAUAUCUUAAUAUUCGUUAUGAAACGAGGAAUUCAAUGGUGUAUUCACCUUAUUUUUACUCGUCGAAUUACCCUAGUUAUUCCAGAAAAACACGUUAAUUUUCAUACGGUGUUUAAAGGAACAUGACUUUUAUUUUUUUAUUUGGUCUCGCUUGGAAGCUAACUUUUUUCCUAGGUAGUUAUACGAAGUGAGUAAAACAUAGUCGCCUAGAUCUCGAUGAGCUGAUUUUGAUGCUAUUUUCACGUUUUCAUACGUUACCCUAGGGACCGUGUAAAUGGGCGCACCAGUUUUUACGCAGCAUUUCUACUCUCUCAAUGUAUUUGAGCGGCUGUGGGAAAAAGUUAGGCCACCGCUUUUUUAUUUCGAAAAUUUGUCAUUUUUUCACCCAAAAACGGGGUUUUCGUGGAAAAUCUUCGGAAUUUUUGAAGUUUUCAUGUAAAAUAUUUGAAAUUUACAGGAGUGAUUUUUCUCCACAAAAAAUUGAAUUUUUCUCAUUUUUCCAUUGAAAACUCUCAAAAUUCACCCAAAAAUCCUGUUUCAGGUAA